AUGACCGCCCAAAUUGACCUGGUUCUCGAAAUGACUGCAACUUUCGACACUGACGGGUUCCAAUUACCGUCCAAAGUGACGAGAAAAGAGGUACAGCGUGUUCUUGAAGCAUGUGACGGGGAUGUGUCACGCGCAGUGGACGACGUACUGAGUCUCGUAGCCAUUAAGACGCUCAGUCAGCAGGACCAACACACACUUCAAGAGCGACAACAGCGUCAACAAGAGCACGCCAAGCUGCAACUUAGCGAGCUGUGCAGCGGUCUAGGGCUAGACGAAGACAGCUCCUUCGUUGCAGCUCUCCAGCAGCUGCCCGAGAGCGAGCGCGAUGACCUAUUGUCCACAAAUGGCGUCUUCGUGCAACAAUUGCUGCUCAGUCUAGACGAAGACAGUGAAGACGGCAGUGAAGCGGAAGAUAUGCAUCCACUACAGUAUCUGCUUGAGAUGUAUCCGGACUACAAGGCGGAGGUGGUGGAGGACGUGCUGGAUAGUCAUAAUUAUGACGUCGAGAAAGCCGCCGACGCGCUACAUAACUUACGUGCACUGAAUCAUGUGCAGAGCUACGCUACAGUUGUAAACGCAGACGCACGUGCAGCAGCGCAACAGAGAGAGCUGUAUGUGAAUGGACCCAAGGUGGAUUCGCUUGGACAAUUUCCAGAGCUCGGUGUCCCGAGUAAGACGCAGCAAAAGAAGCUCAAGAGGCACCAGCGUAGGCAGCAGAAACUGCUACAGGCACCACAUCAACGUCCGCCUCCGAAGCCUUCACCUCCACCAAUAGCAUACCCCAUGCUGCCGGCACGUAAACAUUUGGCGAAAGGCAAGACCAAGCCAGUAUACAAUGCGUGGGACCACCAGGCUGCACCGCAUGACCGCGCAGAGUCAGGUAUCACGACGCAACUUAAGCUGGAUCGGCUUAAGAAAUUGCUGCCCAGCAUUGAUGCUAGUGUCAUUCAGACCACGUUUUUCCUCAAUGGAUGCAGCUCAGAUGCCACGGAGGCAGCACUGCGGGAGAUCUACAACUUGCCGCUGGUAGAGAAACAUCUACCUCCGCCAACUGUGACCGAGGAAGUUGAGAUGGCGGCUGCUGCAGCUGAUGCAGAGGAAGAGCUUGCUGCUAAUAGCAAACGCCAAUCUCGCCGAGGCGGACGUUCUGAGGACUGGACUCUUGUGUCCAGUAAGCACAAGGUCAACACAGCGAAGGAGAAACUCAGCAAUCGUUACUGCGAUGUCCUGGCAUCGUUCCGACGUGGACAGCACGUUCUUGCAGCGGAUCGUGUUCGAGAGCUAAGCAAGGCCCGUCGCGAACACCGCGAUGCUCAACGGCAGUGGGCUCAUGAUUUCUUUCUGGCGCACGAAGAUCAUGUCAACAAAAUAUUCGACGAUUCAUAA